AUGGGAUUCGACGUUGAGCUUGCCACACAAUUGGCUACAAAGGCCCUCGGCGCUUCCACCACCGGCAUCAAACUUGACACGGGCGAUGUUAAUGCCGUGGCUCAGUAUGUCAUGGCUGUCAUUUCGAUCGGACUCGAUUUUGUGCCCGUGAUUGGGCCCUUGCUGUCAUCGUUGGUCGUGCUCAUUGGCGCAGCUGUUUUCCCACUGCACUCGAAAGACAUAUGGAAUGCGCUGCACGAACGCGUUGAACAUCUCGUCGACUCCAAGAUUGCACAAUACCAUCUGAAAACACUAGAAGGUCGUAUCAGCGGUCUCGAAAGCAACAUGGAAGCAUUUACCUCGGUUGUGAAUAGCUACAAUAAGGCCAGCGCCAGCGAGAAGGAUCGCCAACGCGAGAUAUUGCGCCAGCACCACAUUGCUUUUCUGGCUGUUGUUCGAUCUGCCGUGCCGGACUUUCAGCUAGACGACUAUGCUGUACAGGCGCUUCCGAUGUUUGCGCAUGUCGCCAACAUACACUUGAGUCUAUUGGCGGAUGGUAUCAAGCAUGGUAUUGAUUGGGGCUACACGAAAGCUUUUAUUGACGACACUUUGAGACCUGAGUUUAAGAAACUCACAGCCUCCAAGGCAGCUUUGGAAAAGAAGUCAAGACUCUUCGUUAGGAGCAGUGAACAUGGUGGAUACGAACUUGAGACACUGCAUCAAGCCAUUCAGGACGGAGAAGCGGCUGGUUGGUCACCGGAGUUACUGGCUACUUGGAAAGAGGCUUUCGCGGACAUGGUCGCACAGCCGGCUGCACUCAGUAGACGCGCCAACUCGGAUUAUCCUGGCUACGUCAAAAACAUCUAUCUUCGGGGUCGAGGAAAGGUGCAGGCAAAUCCCAAUGAUUAUCCCGCCUGGUCUACUCAGACAGGUGGUGAAGAGGCGGGCAAGUCUGCAGCAGUGGCUCAAUACGACACGACAAUGGUGCUUAGUGCUUUGAACUUUGCUGAGCUGUGGCCCUAUCUCACCGGAGAGGUCAAAGCCAGCUCUGAAGCCUUGAAGAAUGUCGACCGUGAAGUGUUCGUGGGACCGAUAGGACGAUAUGCGGAUGCGGUUCCGUGGUCAGCUACGUCCCCGCCGCCAGUCACUCCGCGCGGUGGCCCGAUCACUGGAAUUCGCGUGCGAGCGUAUGAUGCUCUUGAUGGCAUUCAGCUUAAAUACGGCAACUCUUGGGGACGCUUUUUUGGAUCCCAGACUGGCGGUAAAGAGUACGUGGUAGAUCUACAGGCUCACGAGGUCGUUGACGGUGUCAAGCUGGGGGCUGGGCAGAAACUGAGCCAGUUGUCGUUUCACACAAACAAGACAACGUAUGGGCCGUAUGGUGGAGGGAAUUACAGGUCGUUGGACUCGGCCAAUAUUACCGGUUAUGGGCUGACUAGCCUAUACAUUACGAGGUGGUCGGGCGCUAUUCCGCCUGGCUGUGAGGGUGUAUUUUUGGGCUUUAGGCCGUUGCUUUUCGCUUAG